UCUCAUACAUGCUGAUAUCUACGAAUUCACACAUUGGACGACUAGUUUUCAUCACAGAUCUUGAAUAUGUCUUCGCAAGACAACGCUGACAGCACUACGGAAGGAACUAUUACGACAGCCUCCUACGCCGGCUUUGAGCGAGCUGAAGGCACACCAAUCAACCCCGAGGAUAUAUUGGUAAAUCCUAGCGAGGAAACAAACUCUAUCGGGCAAAGAGAGUUACAGCAUAGCCCAAGCAGCGAUGCAAACUCCGUUUCACCAUCUACAGCGACACAAACUUCGAUCGACAAUAAUCGCCCGCUCUACGGGUAUCACGAAAGAGUUGGCGUUGAACGAACAAUAAGCACAGCGGAGCCAGGAGAGACACACGCUUUUCUAGACGAAAACCCCUCCGAUAACAUUUCCCUGCAGCAGACAGAACCAAAGAUCAAAAACAAUCGUGUAGUAUUGUUUACGACAUGGUGGACUGAGGUUGCAUCAUUAGCACUCGCCGCAGCUGGGUUGAUCGCAAUCGCGGUGAUAAUGGCAGAGUACCACAACAAGCAGCAGCCUGAGUGGAAAUACAAGAUUAAUCUUAACACACUGAUUGCCAUUUUAUCUACCCUGAUACGAGCCUGCUUGGUACUUGUGGCUGAAGAAGUUAUCAGCCAGCUGAAGUGGAUGCUAUACCGUCAACCAAGUUCACUUCAACACCUUGCUCACUUUGAUACAGCUUCUCGUGGUCCUUGGGGCUCAGCACUACUCCUUUUUCGGACAAGAAAACUAAGUACCGCACUUCUAGGCUGCAUAGUCAUCGUUUUUUCUGUCGGAAUCGGCCCCUUUACUCAACAAGCUGCUGAAGCUGUGCCCUGCGAUCGACCUCUGGAGUCCGCAGAAGCAACUAUUAGUAUCUCAAGGUACAUGCAUCCCUACAAUUUAGCCCGAUUCGAUGCAACGCAUUGGGAUAUGGACAUAGUUACGAAGCUCGCUCUUCUGGAUGGGCUGGCCAACCCGAACACGACCCGAUCUGAGAUAAGACCUGGCUGUAGUACCGGCAACUGCUUGUUUCCAGAGUACAACGGUGUUACACAUUCGUCAGUUGCAAUGUGCAAGAAAUGCGUCGAUAUAACAUCACGGGUGGCUGAGGCUGUGAGAAUAGACACGACCUCAUACGGGUAUGAGAAUGGUAGCUCGGCUGCCACUGAAGUGCAAGAUAUUAUCCUACCAGGUGGCCACGGUAUUGGUGGAGGGUCGAAAGGGUCGUUGCCCCGAAAUAUCAUGGACGUCUCCGGUCACGCCACCAUCUGGAAGCGUUCCGUGGUCCCGUUCAACGACUCUCUUCUGGAUGCAUUUGACGAUUCUUUUGCCAGUAUAUUUCGAGCUUCUGUACUCAACGUCAGCGUUCUUACAUUCACAAACAAUAAUUGUGAGCAGGGGAGAUGUUCGAAUCACAGCUUCAACAUUUCAUACCCAUUCUUGGAUUAUUUGAAUGUUGUGGCGACAGCCUGCUCAUUCUAUCCUUGCGUUCAGGACUACCAUGGAUCCGUUCGCAACACAGUAUUCACAGAAACCGUUGUAAGAGACACACCAAAAGAGCAACCGCAAGGGCAAGAACUGAACAUGUAUCCUAAUUUUUUACACUUUCAUACUCCUUGUUUCAUCGAUGGCCAAGCAUACACGAUGGACAAUAUAUCAUCGGUACCGAGAGACAAACAUAACUUCACUAGCAGCUUAGUGGGGGAGGUGAACAUAACCUUCCCUGCGGAAUGCGCUUACAUGGUCGACAGUGUUUACGCGAUGAGUUUAGUCAAUUUCAUGAACAAAACACUAUUCAGAGAUUGUAUGGGUG